UUCUAGAAGCGUUCAUGGCUUCCCCUUCCCCUCUCUCCUCCCUACUCUCUCUCGUCUCCCUCUCCCUCCUCCUACUCUCCUCCGCCGCCUUCCAGCCAUCGCCCCCUUCAGCCUCCGCCGCCGGAUCCGGUUCUCCGCCGCCCCAAGAACCGCACCAGGCGACCCUCCUCGGCUCGAUCCUUGCCAACCUCGGCUUCCAGGAGCUCGCAAUGGCAGUCCCCGCCCUCGUCUCCUCCGCCUCUGCCGCCGCCUCCUCCUCCCCCUUCACCGUCUUUGCUCCCUCGGACGACUCCAUUCGCUCCUGCGCCGCCUGCUCCCCCGCUGCCCUCCUCCGCGAGCACCUCGUCCCCGGCCUCUUCUCCAAGAUCCACCUCUCCAAGAUCGCCUUCGGCACCAAACUCGAGACCGCCAGCCCGGGCCGCUGCCUCACCGUCACCUCCACAUCCCCUCGCCCAGGAUCCAACUCCUCCUCCCCCGCCGCCGUCAAGAUCUUCGUCGACGGCGUCGAGGUCACCCGGCCGGACCUCUUCAAUGACGGCCGGAUCGUGAUCCACGGCCUCCAGGGCUUCGUCAGCCCCCUCUCCCCGCUUUCUUGCCUCCAGGACCACAUCCCCUACCCCAACUCUUACUCUCCGCCGGAGAUCGCCGGCAAUAUCCACAGAUCAGCGAUCGUGCAGCUCAUGCUGCGGGACGCCAUGGUCCGCCUCCGCAUCAGGGGUUACAGCAUCCUCGCCCUUGCGAUGCGUAUCAAGUACGCGGAACUCGCCGGCCUCCAGAACAUGACGGUCUUCGCCCUCGACGACUCCGCCAUCUUCGCCGGCGGCCACGCCUACGUAACCAACGUCCGGUUCCACGUCGUCCCCAAUCGCCUCCUGAUGCACGCCGACCUGCUAAGGCUCCCGGCGGGAACUGCCCUCCCGACGCUGGUCCACGGCCAGCACCUGGUGGUCACCAACUCCGGCUCCGCGGGCGCUGCCGCCGUCGGUCCCUCCGGAUCGGGCCUCAGAAUCAACUACGUGCCGAUCAAGGCCCCCGACGCGGUUUACAACUCCAAGAUUGUGGUCCACGGCAUCUUCUUGCCGUUCCCGCACCUGUACCAGGCGGAUAUGGCGGCGGCGCGGUCGGCUGCAGCGCCGCCGGAGGAAGGGAUCUUUGAGGCAGCGGCGCCGACGAGGGCAGCCUUCGGCAGGAGGGGGGCCUGCGGCGCUUCGGGUGCCUCCGCCGGGUGCUCGGAGAUGGCACCUAGCGUCGCUCCAGCGAUCUCAGCGUUUGUGGAUCUCGACGACGAGGGACUGUGACUUGCCGACUCCUUAUCCCUUUUUUCGCCGAUUUCUCACUCCACUCGGUAUUUUCGAUCCUUUCUGAUAUGGAAAUGUAGAAUGGGAUUUCCGAGUCUCUGGUGCUAAUUGCGGUUACAACAGCAAAGUUCUUCGUUCUAGUUGUUUGUUCGAUAUUUUGCUCCGU